AUGUUUCGAUCAGUUUCUCGUCGGAUUCCUCGACGCCUUCCUGCUCUCUCCUCGACUGCUGGCAGUCCGUCUCGUGUCGCCCUGCGUUCCUUCACAUGCGGUUAUCCGCGGAUGUCAUCAUCUCCGCUGCCGACCGUCGAGCCUCCCGUUUCGACGGCCUUGCCAUCAGACUCGUUUCAAUUGCUGUCAGCCACUGAGAAGGCUGGUGCUGCGGAAGAUGCGCUUUAUGGGCAACAGAUCAAAGAUGUAGAGGCUUGGUGGAAAUCUCCGCGGUUCGAGGGCAUCAAGAGACCCUACUCGGCCGCGGACGUUGUCAGCAAACGUGGCACUUUGCAGCAAACAUAUCCGAGUUCUCUAAUGGCUCGUAAGCUAUUCAAUCUGUUGAAUGAGAGAGCGGCAGAGGGAAAGCCGGUUCAUACCAUGGGUGCAAUUGAUCCCGUACAAAUGACACAGCAAGCUCCAAAUCAGGAGGUGCUGUAUAUCUCGGGCUGGGCGUGCUCUUCCCUCUUGACUACAACGAAUGAGGUUUCCCCGGACUUUGGGGACUACCCGUACAAUACCGUCCCAAACCAGGUCCAAAGAUUGUUCAAGGCGCAACAAAUGCAUGAUCGCAAACAAUGGGAUGCCAGACGAAAGAUGACCCCCGAACAGCGAAAGUCGACCCCAUACGUCGACUACAUGAGACCGAUCGUUGCAGAUGGCGAUACCGGGCAUGGCGGUCUUUCCGCGGUCCUCAAAUUGGCCAAGCUUUUCGCGGAGAACGGUGCUGCGGCUGUUCAUUUCGAAGAUCAGCUGCAUGGCGGCAAGAAGUGCGGUCAUCUGGCAGGAAAAGUCCUUGUGCCUGUAGGAGAGCACAUCAACAGACUCGUCGCCGCUCGUUUCCAAUGGGACAUGAUGGGAGCCGAGAAUCUGGUGAUUGCUCGAACGGAUUCCGAGAGUGGGAAGUUGAUUAGCAGUGCGAUCGAUGUGCGUGAUCACGAGUUCAUCCUCGGAGUUACAGAGGAGGUCGAGCCUUUGGCGGAAACCCUACAAGCAAUGGAGCGCGAAGGUGCUGCGCCUACAGAGGUCGAUGCUUUCGAGCUGGAGUGGGUCAAGAAGCACAAGCUUGUCACUUUUGAUGAAGCUGUCGACGCACAUCUCGAGGCCGAAGGAGCGCCGCAGUCUGCCCGUGAUGCAUACAAGAAGAAGGUCCAAGAGAACCCUGACCUGUCUAUCUCGCGUCGCCGAGCUGUGGCGAGCGACUACACAAAGAAACCGGUUGUCUGGUCUUGUGACAGCCCCAGGACCAGGGAGGGAUUCUACCACUACCGUGCCGGCUUUCCAGCGGCCACAAAGCGAGCCAAGGAAUUCGCCCCUUAUGCGGACCUCUUGUGGGUUGAAACCGGCGACCCAAAUGUCGAAAAAGCUGGAAAACUAGCAAGCGAUGUUCGAGCCGCAUACCCCGGGAAGAAAUUGGUCUACAACCUUAGCCCGUCAUUUAACUGGAUGGGCCAGGGCUUUGACGAGGCAUCUCUCAAGUCUUUUGUCUGGGAUCUCGCCAAGCAUGGCUUUGUCCUGCAACUCAUCUCCCUUGCUGGCCUGCACAGCAAUGCCACCAUCACAACCGAACUUUCGCGCGCCUUCAAGGAUGAGGGCAUGCUCGCUUACGUGCGACUUAUCCAGUCCCGCGAGAAGGAACUCGGCGUCGAUGUCCUCACCCACCAGAAAUGGAGCGGUGCGCCGUACAUGGACGGCAUCCUGGGUGCCAUCCAGAGCGGCAGUAGCAGCAGUAAGAGCAUGGGAGAGGGAAACACUGAGAAGGGUAAGUUGCUUCUGAACAUAUACCACGUCAUGGCCGGAUUACAAUCAUGCUAA